ACAACAAGCUGUCAGUACAUUUUGUUGUUGUCCACAGUGUUGAUGAGUAAAACAGUGCAGUUUUCAUUGAAAAUAUAAUAAAAAUGCUCCCUGAGGCACUGCAAAAGCGCCUGGCCAAGAGAGGCAUUAUUCAGGGCGAUAGUGGUGCCACCCCGGCCGUUCAGCAAGCUCAUCAUCCACCUCCCCCAUCCCGGCAGCAGCAACAUUCCGAAUCGUCCUCGCAAUCGGAUAGUGAUUCCCAAGAUGAGCGCCGGGAUGCGGAUCUCAACAACGAAGAAAUCAUUGCUGAAGACUAUGAUGAGUACGAUCAGAUCAACCCAGAAGCCUUCGAGUAUCCAAUUCAAAAACGGAAAAUCAAUCCAGCCUUGGAUUGGUCCGAGAAAAUGAAGCAAAAAAUGGUCAAGCGCUACGGAUUUCAGUCCGUCGAUGGUUGUCAGAACAAGUAUAAUAUACAUCACCACUGUACGAUGUAUUGCGUUCAGCGCUACGGAGAGGUUGAAUUCGAAAUCGAGAAGGAAUACGAGAAACGAGCGAAACGUCUUCUGGAACGAUAUCCACUUCCCCGACACUGGCGUAAGGAGUAUGACAUUGGUUGCAAAGCUUUUUAUUUCUACAACAAAGAAACUAGGAUUGUAUCUUGGUUACCCCCUACCCAUCCGGAUGCAAAAAUGACAAAAAGCGCCAAAGUUCUACGGAAGGAACUGAUGGAGAUUACUAAGAAUCAGGAGAAUGCUAACGAUGCUAUUCCAAAAGCCGUAAUUGUGGAAAGCUAUCCUCCACUUCCGAAGCCCUCAAGCCGUGAACAGGGAAUGGUCGGACCGGUCGGUGAAACUCUGAAACCUCCAAUAGUGAACCCACCGAAGCGACCUCACCUUAAACAUCCUUCCAGGGAUGAUGAAAAACGACCUCGAGUCGCGGGAGCUAAUCGAAUCGAAAGAGAUAGAGAGCGUGACCGCGAUCGAGAUCGUGAACGGGACCGAGAUCGCGACAGGGAUCGGCGAGAUCGUCGGGGUGACGACCGUCGUGAUGAGCGUCGUGAGCGUGACCGAGAUCGCGAGAGGGGAGAAGGUCGUGGUGGUCGAAGUGGUAAACAGAGCGGCAACAGUGGUGCCCUUGAUCCUAUGGAUCCGGCUGCCUACUCCGAUAUACCGCGUGGAACUUGGGCCAGCGGGUUAGAUGCCGCUGCCGGUAAGAAGGAGAAAGAAAAGAAACCGGAGAAACGCAAGGCACCUCGUGAAGACGAAAGUGGCGAUGAGCAUGAGGUACUUAAGGUGGCUGCCAUCAGUGAGUUUACCCAGGAAGAUGACAAAGAUGAAUGAACAUAGAUUUUAAAUAAUAAUUUGGAAAUAUAAACGAUUGAAUUGAACCGAAA